AUGCUUCGCCCUCUUGGGCGCCGGCCGUGGACAUGCCGACAAUGUCUCGUGCAGCGCCAAACCCGAACCUUUGAAAGCGCCGCAUCGCAAGCCCCCCGAUCUCAUAUCAACCAAAUCCCUACCGAUAAUACUGCACCUAGAAAGAACACCGAUGAUGAAACCUUGCGCCGUGUUUUUGACUCGCAGCCAUUUUGGAAGGAGUUCUCGCAGCAGCGAACCGCGGAUGUUGCAAAGCGAGCCGGGUUGGUUCAGAAUCAAUACUUGACAAGCCCAGAUGGUUUCAGGGCAUUUGCAAACGCGUCAUUGCAAAAAUGUCAGGUUAUUGUUGCUAAGGUUCUAGCGGCCGAGACUCUAGACGAGUACCGAGCAUUGGCACGGAAUCUAGACCAGCUUAGCGAUCUCUUAUGUCGGGUUAUUGACCUUUCAGACUUUAUUCGAACUAUCCACCAUGAUCCACAAAUCCAAGAAGCAGCUACGCAGGCGUACGCUCUUAUGUUCGAAUAUAUGAACGUGUUGAACACGACCACGGGCCUUCACGAGCAGCUUAGCAAGGCCAUGGCUAAACCCGAGGUCACAUCACAUUGGUCAGAAGCAGAGACUAUUGUCGCCCAGAUUCUCAUGAGAGACUUUACGACAUCUGCAAUUCAUAUGCCGCCAAGUGAGCGACAGCGAUUUGUGAAUCUUUCAAACGACAUCAGUCAGGUUGGCUCCGAUUUCUUCAAUGGCGCAGAACCGGCCAGAUCUCAGAUCACGUUCCACGCAAACGCUCUCCAGGGACUAGAUCCCGUCGUAGUGCAGCAAGUCAAGAGGUGGAAUAAUAAAGCGCCAGUUCCGACUAUGGGAGUCAUUCCUCGGCUUGUGCUACGAUCUGUGCACGAUGAGUCGGUCAGGAAACAAACCUAUCUUGCAACGCGGACGUCCAGCUCGCGCCAAAUUCACCGCUUAGAGAAACUUCUGACGAAGCGAGCUGAACUGGCAAAGAUCUCGGGGUUCAACAGCUUUGCUCACAUGACCCUGAAUGAUAAGAUGGCCAAGACCCCCGAAGCCGUAUCAAAUUUCUUGAUGUCGCUUAUCUCAAGCAACCAUGGUCCUGUGCAAGAGGAGUUGUCUCAAUUGCAGCAAAUGAAGGGUAGCUCUCUUCUGCCGUGGGACCAUGCUUACUAUGUUCACAAGCGUGUAUUGGAAUACUCACAGUCUCGCCGAUCUCGCGAGUUGAGCAUUGUUCCCGAGUUCUUCUCUUUGGGAACAGUCAUGCAAGGACUUUCACGACUGUUUGACCGACUUUACGGUGUUCGUCUCAUUCCUCAGGAAACGGCUGCUGGUGAAACCUGGCACCCGGACGUUCGCCGUUUGGAUGUAGUAGAUGAGUCGAACAGGCAUAUCGCAGUUGUAUACUGCGAUUUGUUCAGUCGGCCCACAAAACACCCAAAUCCAGCACAUUUCACCUUGCGCUGCUCGCGUGAGAUCUCCGCUGAAGAGAUCGCCGAAUGUGCAUCGUUGGACCAGUCUGCGCACCCGAACGAUGGUAUGGCGACAGCGGUAGACCCGCAAACAAACACCCUGCGCCAACUGCCGACAAUCGCUCUUGUAUGUGACUUCCAAGAACCAGCAACCAAUGGCUCAGGCCGCCCAACUCUCUUGAGUGAGCAGAGUGUCCGCACUCUGUUCCACGAGAUGGGUCACGCUGUCCACUCUAUCCUUGGACAGACUCCUCUCCAGUCUAUCUCUGGCACCCGAUGCGCGACCGAUUUCGCCGAGCUUCCCUCAGUCUUGAUGGAGAGCUUCGCCACCGCUCCAGAGGUUCUUUCCCUCUAUGCUAGGCACUGGAAGACCGGCGAGCCCUUGUCGGAGAGCAUGAUGCGCAGCAUGGAAAUGGACCGCACUGCCCAUGGCUCUAUCUACGGCGCCGUUGAAAACGAAUCCCAAAUCCUCAUGGCUCUUGUUGACCAGGCCUACCACUCCAUCCCCAGCACUGAGGCUAUCAAGAAUGGCGUUGAUACCACCGAGAUCUACCACAAAGUUUUCUCCCAGCACUCAAGCCUGCCGGACCCCGAAGACGUCCGACCCCGAACAUCCUGGCAAGGCUUCUUCGGUCAUCUGUACGGCUAUGGCGGCACAUACUACAGCUACAUCUUCGACCGUGCCAUUGCCAACAAGAUCUGGCAGGAUGUCUUCCAGUCUGGGAAGGCAUCUGUUGACCGGGCCGCUGGCGAGCGAUAUAAGAAUGAAGUUCUUCGCUGGGGUGGUGGACGCAAUGGCUGGCAAUGUGUUGCCGGUGUUUUGGGCGAUGCCAACCCUUCCAAUGCGAAUGGCCGUUUGGUGGAGGGUGGCGAUGAAGCGAUGCGCGAGGUUGGUCGCUGGGGACUGGGUAGAGACGGAAUGUCUAGUUAA